UUCAUAUUUAUUUUUUAUUAUUUUGUUAUUAUGUUACUUCUUUGAGAUAUUGUUAUAUUGAAUAUUGAUUGAGCUGCAUUGCAGAGUUGUGAUUACGCAGUGAUGCCAUUUUGAGCUCAAAGCACUAUCACGCACACAAGCGAGAACUGCUACAUCAUAUGUUCGUGCGCACUCCGAGUGUACAUCAUUCGCUUCGAGCGCACACGACUAUCACGUGACCCCAUUUAUGGCGCCUAAGACCAUGGUUUUUGCGCCUCGAAAAUUCGAAAGGUGUUGCGAUUCAAAGCGUGUGACUUCUUGUUGAGAAAGAUAGCUAGUGUCCGGAAUCAGCAGAAUACUUCCAAAUCAUCAUCUCAAGUUUUCACUCUUGACAUUGGAAAUUGUUUGAAACGAGGAGACAACAGGAUUAACGGGUAACAAAGUCUUAUCCCAUGGAUCCUCCAAGUCCUCAAACCAUACUAAAAAAAACUCCGGUUGCCAAGGAUUUUAUGGCAAGGCUAGAGUCUGAUGAAAAUCGGGAACUACAAGACAUCUCUAAUUUUACUCGAAACUUCAGAAACAAUAAUAAUGAAGAGAUCCUUAGUCCAAAAAGAAAAAAAUAUAAAAUGCAAGCAACAAGUUCCCCCAAAAAUUAUGAAAAUGUCUUAAACAAGGAUUCAGAAAUCGAGGAAGAAGAAAAUGUUAAUAUACCAAUAUCAACUUUAAAAUCAAUAUUAUUUGAAAUAAAAGAGUUAAAAAAGGGACAGGAAAAAAUAUUAGAAGUUAUAAAUCAAUUUGGAAAUGCAAAAAGUACUAGCACAGCUGUCAUAAAAGAAGUUCAAAAAUUGAAUCUUCCUCUGCAAACAGUUGAACAAUUUCAUAGCCUUAUAAAUGAUGAGAAAGCAUUGACUAUUUUGGAAAAAUAUUUUGUUCUCCUCGGAGGGUUCAACAUAUCAAAUGCCUUGGAUGGUUUUUUAAAAGCAAGCGUGACAGACAAAUUAAUAAAGUCAUCUUUCACGUGGAAAGAGGGAGAUAAAAAAAUUCGAUUCCGGGAAACAGCUUUGAGUCUAAAAUAUUAUGGUGCUCUCCGGAAAAUUGAAAAUUUCAAAAAUAUUUCAGUUAAAGACUACGAAUUAGAGAUGUCAAAGAUUAUAAAAAAUGCACAGCAGCGACAUUAUAUGUCUGAGCACAGAAAGGAGCACGGAAAUGUCAAUGCUUUGGAGAAGUCACGCGCUGAAAAUCUGCUUGCUGCUAAGUAUGCGGCGGCUAGCAUGACCUGAUUACACGUAAAUCAUAUAAUAUAAUUUUUUGUAAUAAAACAAUAUAUAUUAUCUUAUAUAAUAAAACAUUAAUACAUA